CGGACCCAGGAGGCUCAAGGAGUUGAAGGUGACUCUGAGCCAGCAAGAACCCAGAGGAAGGGUGCAAGUCCCAGUGACGGCUGUGCUGCACCCCAGGCUGAGCUCCUGUUAGGAGGAGGCCCCUGUGCCCAGGCAGCGGCUCAGCGGCAGCUGCUCCAUGAGGAACUGAAGUUGGUCCUGCAGCAGAAGGGAGAGAGGAGGCAGGCAUCAGGGGCCCGGCUGACUCCCAGAAGCACCAUGGAGGCCCGGAGCCGUAGUGCUGAGGAGCUGAGGCGGGCGGAGCUGGUGGAGAUCAUCGUGGAGACCGAGGCGCAGACCGGGGUCAGCGGCUUCAACGUAGCGGGCGGCGGGAAGGAGGGAAUUUUCAUCGGCGAGCUGCGCGAGGACUCGCCAGCUGCCAGGAGCCUCAGCCUGCAAGAAGGGGACCAGCUGCUGAGCGCCCGCGUGUUCUUCGACAACUUCAAGUACGAGGACGCACUCCGCCUGCUGCAAUGCGCCGAACCCUACAAGGUCUCCUUCUGUCUAAAGCGCACUGUGCCCACCGGGGACCUGGCGCUGCGGCCUGGGACGGUGGCUGGCUACGAGAUAAAAGGCCCACGGGCGAAAGUGGCCAAGCUGAAUAUCCAGAGUCUGUCCCCUGUGAAGAAGAAGAAGAUGGUGAUGCCCGGGGCCCUGGGGGCCCCUGCAGACUUGGCCCCCGUUGACGUGGAAUUCUCCUUUCCCAAGUUCUCCCGUCUGCGUCGGGGCCUCAAAGCCGAGGCUGUCAAGGGUCCUGUCCCAGCUGCCUCGCGCCGGCGCCUUCAGCUACCUCGGCUUCGGGUCCGAGAAGUGGCUGAGGAGGUCCAAAUAGCUCGGCUGGCGGCCGCGGCACCUCCCCCCAGGAAAGCCAAAGCAGAGGCUGAAGCAGCAGCUGGAGCCAGCUUCACAGCCCCCCAGGUGGAGCUGGUAGGGCCCCGGCUGCCAAGUGCUGAGGUGGGUCCCCCCCAGGUCUCAGCUCCCAAGGGAAGAGGAGAGGUGGCCCCGGCUGCGGAUGCAGCUGGUGGUUUUGCCCUCCACCUGCCAACCUUUGGGCUAGGAGCCCCAGCUGCACCUGCAGUGGAGCCCUCGGCCGCAGGGAUCCAGGUGCCCCAAGUGGAGCUGCCCACCUUGCCCUCGUUACCUGCUCUGCCCACACUUCCCUGCCUGGAGACUCUGGAGGGGGGGGCAGCAGUGGUGACAGUGCCCACCUUGGAUGUGGCGGUGCCCACUGUGGGUGUAGACCUCGCCUUGCCAGGUGCAGAGGUGGAAGCCCGAGGAGAGGGGCCUGAGGUGGCCCUGAAGAUGCCCCGUCUCAGUUUCCCUCGUUUCGGGGCUCGAGCAAAAGAAGUUGCUGAGAUCAAGGUGGCAAAGGGCAGCCCCGAGACCAAAGUGAAGGGACCCAGACUCCGAAUGCCCACCUUUGGCCUCUCUCUCCUGGAGCCCCGGCCCGCUGCCCCUGAGGCUGAGAGCAAGCUGAAACUGCCCACCAUCAAGAUGCCCUCCUUCGGCAUCUCGGCUCCUGAGGUCAAGGUGCCCAAGGGGCCCGAGGUGAAGCUCCCUAAGGCUCCAGACAUCAAACUCCCCAAAGUGCCUGAGGGAGCCCUUCCGGAGGUGCAGUUGCCCAAAAUCCCCGAGAUGAAGCUCCCAAAGGCGCCAGAGAUGGCAGUGCCAGAGGUGCGGCUCCCAGAGCUGCAGCUCCCAAAAGUUCCAGAAAUGAAACUUCCCAAGAUGCCCGAGAUGGCCAUGCCCGAUGUCCACCUCCCGGAAGUACAGCUCCCGAAAGUGCCAGAAAUGAGACUCCCUGAGAUGAAGCUCCCAAAGGUUCCUGAGAUGGCUGUGCCUGAUGUCCACCUCCCGGAGGUGCAGCUCCCAAAAGUUCCAGAAAUGAAACUCCCCAGGAUGCCCGAGAUGGCUGUGCCAGACUUGCACCUCCCAGAAAUCCAGCUCCCAAAAGUCUCAGACAUGAAGCUUCCGAGGAUGCCUGAGAUGGCCGUGCCGGAUUUGCACUUACUAGAGAUGCAGCUGCCCAAAGUUCCGGAGAUGAAGCUUCCCAAGAUGCCAGAGAUGGCCAUGCCUGACAUGCACCUCCCUGAGGUGCAGCUCCCAAAAGUCCCGGAGAUGAAAGUCCCUGACAUGAAACUUCCUGAGAUGAAGCUCCCGGAGAUAAAACUCCCCAAGGUGUCCGAGAUGGCUGUGCCCGAUGUACACCUCCCUGAGGUGCAGCUGCCAAAGACCUCAGAGAUCCGGCUGCCAGAAAUGCAGGUGCCCAAGGUCCCAGAAGUUCAUCUCCCCAAGGCACCCGAGGUGAAGAUGCCCAAGGCCCCAGAGGUGCAGCUAAAAGCUGCCCAGGCAGAGCAGCCAGAGGGGAAGGAGUUCAGCUUCAAGAUGCCCAAGAUGAGCAUUCCCAAGCUGGGGAGGGCAGGCUCCCCUCCUCGGAGCAAGCCAGGCGUUGAGGCAGUUGCUGAGGUCGUGGGGAAGCUGGGGGCUCUCCCCUGUCUGCAGCCAGAGGUGGGCAUGGAGGUGCGUGGGGGCAGCCCUUCCCUCACAUUGCCCUCUGUGGAAUUAGACCUGCCGGGGGCCCUCAGCCUGGAUGGGCAGGCCCAAGCAGGCAAGAUAGAGCGGGCAGAAGGCACCGGGGUGGUGGCCACUGGCAUUAGUGAAGCAGCCUUCCGGCUGCCCUCGGUGGAGAUCGUCACGCCACAGCUGCCAGAGAUUGAGACUAAGGAAGGGCGGCUCGAAGUGACAGAGAUGAAGGUCAAGCCCUCAUCCAAGUUCUCCCUGCACAAGUUGGGACUUUCAGGGCCAAAGGUGGCUAAGGCAGAGGCCGAGGGGGUGGCCAGACGAGCAUCCAAGCUGAAGGUGUCCAAGUUCAGCAUCUCGCUCCCCAAGGCUCGGGCCGGGGUGGAGGCUGAGGCCAAGGGGGCUGGGGAAACAGGCCUGUUGCCCGCCCUUGAUCUGUCCAUCCCACACCUCAGCCUGGAGGCCCCACUGCCCACAGGCAAGGUGGAGGUGGCAGGACCCAAUGGCAAACUCAGGGGGCCCCGGUUUGCCCUGCCCAAGUUCGGGGUCAGAGGCCGAGACACGGCAGCGGGGGAUCUGGUGCCUGGGAUGGCUGAGCUGGAGGGCAAGGGCUGGGGUUGGGAUGGGAAGGUGAGGAUGCCCAAGCUAAAGAUGCCUUCCUUCGGGCUGGCUCGGGGGAAGGAAGGGGAGAUCCAGAAUGGGCGGGUUAGCCCUGGGGAGAAGCGAGAGUCCACAGCCGGGCAGCUCAAGAUCCCCGAGGUAGAGCUGGUCACACUGGGGACCCAAGGGGCAGGGGGACUUGAGGGGACAGGGGCUGGUGGGGACAUCCAACUCUCAGGCCUGCAGGUGUCCAUGGGCAAGCCAGCAGGCACUGAGGGCCAGGAUGGAGGGCUGAGGGCGGCCCCCUUGGGCAUCUCGUUGCCCCAGGUGGAGCUGACCGGCUUUGGGGAGGUGCGCCUGAGUACCUCCCAGAGCCAGCAAGCCGAGGCGGUAGCCCCUGCAGGUGAGGGCAAAAUGGGCUGGGUCCAGAUGCCUCAGGUGAGCUUGGCUCUGCCUGGAGCCUCCGGGGUGGGUGGUGAGCUAUUGGUGGCUGAGGGUGUCUUCAAGAUGCCCACAGUGACUGUGCCCCAGCUUGAGCUGGAUGUAGGGCUGAACCGGGAGGUGCAGGGUGGGGAGGUCGCAGCCACUGGAGAGGGUGGCCCGAGGCCGAAGACACCUACCCUAGAGGCCAGAGGAGACGGGGUCGGGGCCCAGCUUCCAGGGGCCGAGCGCUCUUUCCACCUCUCACUGCCCGAUGUGGAGCUCUCGCCCCCUGCCGUGGGCAGCCACGCUGAGUACCAGGUCACAGACAGCGAGGGGGACACGGGGCACAAGCUCAGGGUGCGGCUGCCCCGGUUCGGCCUGGUGCGGGCCCGGGAGGGGGCAGAGGAGGGUGAGAAGGCCAAGAGCCCCAAACUCAGGCUGCCUCGCGUGGGCUUUAGUCAGAGCGAAGCAGCCCCCAGGGACAGCUCCCCCAGCCCCGAGGAGGAUGAGGAGGGCAGUGGGGACGGGGCCCCUGGACGCCGAGGCCGUGUCCGAGUUCGCUUGCCCCGAGUGGGCCUGGCCUCCCCUUCCAAGGCCUCUCGGGGGCAGGAGGGUGAGGCAACCCCCAAGUCCCCCAGUGGGGAGAAGUCACCCAAGUUCCGUUUCCCUCGGGUAUCCCUGAGCCCCAAGGCCCGCAGCAGGAGUGGGGACAAGGAAGAGGGGGGCUUCCGGGUCCGGCUGCCCAGCGUGGGGUUUUCGGAGUCAGCUGCUCCAGGCCCCACCAGGAUGGAUGGGGCUCAGGCUGCCAUGUCCUGAGGUCACCAGGGGCCACGGGGGGGUGGGGGGUGGUGGUGGUGGUAGUGGUGGGUCCCUUCCUGCUUCCCCCUCCCUGCCUCCCCUCUGUUUUGUGUGUGAGAUAACUAGCACUAACCCUUAAGGGGGCCGGGAGGGCAGUGCCGCAAAGGCAGGGAGGCCCAUAUCUCUCUCAAAGCCAUGAGAAUAAAAUAAUCCAGAAGUUG